AUGCCGUCAGCUCGCGAGUACAUUCGGCACCCCAACGGGCAGACUACAAGCUACUUCUACGACAGCUUCGUGGAUCCGUGGCGUAUCAGCGAGACUAUCUUGAUACAGCACGGCUUUGCUAGAACAGCUGAUCACUUCUACCACUGGGUUCCGGCUCUUGCGCGGCGUUACAACGUUAUCCGCCGAGACCUACGCGGCCAUGGAGGUUCAAGCUUCCCAACCGAUCAAGAUGAUUCAUAUGACUACUCAACCGCCACCAUCGUCGAAGAGAUCAAAGAUACGCUAGAUCAGCUAAAUAUCGACAAAGUGCACUUCAUUGGCGAGUCCACCAGCGGUAUGCUGGCCGAGAUCUUUGCCGCCACGUACCCAGAUCGAAUCCAUUCUGUCAUUAUUUGCUCUUCACCAACACACCUUCCUCUGGCCGCACAGCAGUUUCUGGCCUUUGGAAAAUCUUCGUGGCCCGCGGCAUGCCGAGAGCUAGGGUCACUUGGCUGGGCUCAGCGGCUCGCGGCGUCUAGUGGGACUGUGUCCAGCAGCGACCCAGACUAUAUCAAGUGGUGGAUCGACAAGGUAGCAGUCAGUGAUGGGAAAGGGCUUGCGUCUUAUGCCGAGUUCUUGUGCAAGUUGGACAGUAGGCCAUAUCUCGGCCGCAUAAAGGCGCCGAUGCUCAUCCUCUGCUCGACCAACAGCGCCAUGGUUACCGUUGAAUCCAUGCGCGAGCUUGCCAGCCAAGUUCCAACUGCAAUACUGGAGGCUAUUGAGGCCAAGGGCCAUGAGAUUUAUGCUGAGGCUGCUGAAAAGUGCCUUGCCAAAGUUCUCGAGUUCCUCAAGAGUCUUCAACUUGGUCAAUAA